AUGAAAUGUAGGGUGUAUGAUGGGCUCCUGAUAAUGACAAUUUCCCUGAAAAUAAUUGUAACUGAUUUGUCGUCGCAGGAUUGUCAGUUCACUAAAACCAAGGAUGACACAGCUCUCCGUGUUGUUUACCAGGGAAACCUCUAUUUGGAAGGGUGUGCUAACUGCUGCAAGAGAUGGUUCAUCACUUUCAAUGGCGCCGAGUGCAGUGGUCCCCUGCCUAUUGACGCAGUGCUGUGGAUCCGAAAUAAAGACGAAGACAACCACAGACCCGGGUUCAUUGAGGGCUACUGUAACAACAUACACAAGGGCAAAAUCCGAGUUGGAAUCAAUAUUGGAAAUUGUGCAGGAUAUGGAAACUCCAAUGGCAACACAGGCUGGAAUUCAGUGUCCCGUUUGAUCAUUGAAGAAGUUCCUCGGUCCCAGUAACAAGUUGAAAAGCGUCACGUGUUUAUUAAUGACGUAAUUAAGGGCUCUAAAGGCUCAUGUAAAGCAGUUCAGCUUCAAAACCACAAUAAACUCUGCACGUGACUACUGAUGUAUGAAUAUGUCAUUUUUGUAUAAGAACCUAUCCAGUUUAAGGUUACUAGAUAUGCGCCCUUUCUCACGUUUAUUAAAUAAGUGUCCACCCCUAAGACAUUAAGUUUUUUUUCAAGAGUCCAUCCUUUAUAAAAUAGGUAUCCACCCUCAAGGUUUUCCAGUAAGCGCCCAUCCUUAAGGAUGUUAAAUAUAUGCCCUUCUUUAAGGAUAUGUAAUUUUCAUGUAAUAGGCUAUUUCCGAAUUCCAGAUAUGCUCACUCUCAAAACGAGGUUGAGUGCAAACCUUUCUUGUGAAAAUAAGUCUUAUUUGCAUGAGACUUAAAAAUCAUUUUCAUAUGAAUAGCUUCGCACUUAGCCUCGCUUUGAAGCAGAGACUUGGGCAACUCGGUCACCAUCACAUAGACCAUAAUGCACCUUGUAUAUAUACCUGGGUUUUUGAAAACCGGGUUAGCAAAAGUAUCAACUCAUUCUACUUUUUAGCAAUUUCAAACAAUAAAACUCAUUCAAAGGCGGAUUAAAAGCCUUUAUCUGACGCCGGGCAAUAAGUUAAUGGUCCCUAGAAGCACUCCAACGAGUCCAAAUUUAAAAUAACGCAAAUUUUAGGACAUUUAUUCAGUAAUCUGACUUCGCGAAGUUUCAGACUGGUGUCAUUUCAGUCUAAAAAUUUUUAAGUUGAGUGAACUGCAGUGAAAGAGUGCAUGGUUAAGGCUUACAUAACAACUUAAAUAGUUAGCAAAACACUACUUUUCUCGCGGUCCGACAAACAACAGGAUUCCGCAUGAAAUAGACAACAAACUGAAUGAAACAUAAGUGAACAAAUUAUCACCUUCUUAUCUGGAAAAACCGGCCUUUGGUUCAAUGCCAUUAGAGCCCGCUGAAACGAGACCUACAAUAGAUCCAAUUUUUCUGAGUCGAGAGUUGCCUUUCCAAGGUACAAUCAGCUAAGCUAAACACCGACGAAAUGAUAUUAAUGGCUGGCACAGAAUAUUUUGGCGAAACUGCAAUUCAACCACGUGAUCACAUACCUGUCAACACCAUGCGGAAAUCACACAAUCACACACAUUCGCGGCACUGAUUAGACUAUCCGCGACGACGCAUAAUCUUCUCACCUUUGAAAUAAGCGAAAUAUCAUCGAAUAACUCGGAAAAACUCAGCCCAUUGGCAGAUAAACACCUCUGGACUUUUCUCUUACACAGCCGUCUUAUUCAAGUUCUCGGAUGUAGACUCACACGGUCGGCGGACCACCUUAGUCUUGUUUUCACACCAAGUCAAAGUUCACCUGCAAUCUUGCUGUCACCUGAUUCGUUUGACUCCUAAGAGCCUGUUCCCGAGUCCCGAGGCCAAAGACUUAGUGGUCACCUUAGAAAAGCGAACUCAGCCCGGGCUCAGCCCGGACCAGGGUGAUUGAUCCGUUUAGCCAAAUAAAACGAGAAUUGAACCCCCCCCCCCCCCAAAAAAAAGGAAGAAGAAGAAGACAAGCCCUUUAAAGCUUCAGUUCUCCUCUCCUCUCGUAGUUUUUUUUUUCGCGCAGUAGCCUAAUAAAUAACAAGUAAUUAAAGGUCAUCCAUCAGAGAAGGGUAACCUUUUACCAUGAUAUGGCUGCGGACCCACUAAACAGUGUUUUGCACUCCUUUGACAGCUGUCGGUUUAAUUUGGGGUAUUUGAAUGUUUCAUGUUAGCGAUAGAACCGGACACGCAAGAUUUCCACAAUUUUUACACUAUAGCCAAUCAGAUUUUAGUAAUAUAGCCCGUUAAUUGGUGGUUUAACGUGAUUUGUUGCCUGAGUGCACGUGACAGGCGUUUGAAUGGUAGGGAACUGGCCGGGAACUGGCCGGGAAAAUUGAUGUGUGCGAGUAAAUAAAGGGUGUAUUUCUUCCUUGCCACCUUUCUUCGCAUUUUCCCCUUCAAAGGCCUAGCGUGCAGGUUACGCGACCAGGACAUCGAGCAAUCGUAGAGAAUAAGAGCCCACUGAGCAAAUUAAACAAAGCGUUAAAUGGAACUGGUGUGAUAACAAGAAAACGAACAGUAUCAUUAAAGGCCUUACCACAAGACAGAACGCGGACAUACAGUUCACCAAGGAGAUCGAAGAAAAUGGUAAGAUACCUUUCCUAGACUGCUUGGUCACUCGCGACAACAACAGACUACGAACGACUGUUUACAGAAAACCGACACAUGCCGAGCGAUUACUAGACCAGUCAUCGUACAACCCGGACUUUGACGAGACGAGCGCAACUAGUUUGCGACUCACCUGACACCCUACAAGACGAGACUGACAACCUAAACAACGUUUUUAGUAUAUAAAAAACAACUACAGCACGGAUUUUUUUAGACGGAACAUUCACAGUAACACUAAUUCAGACCAACGUGAACUCUGGCCCUGUUACGACAGCGACUAUACCGUACAUCAGACGCACCUCUGAAACUAUCGCACGUAUACUAUAUAACCUUACAAAAUACGUGUUGCACACAAACCGAUAACCACUUUAAGACGACUGCUUACUAACAGACAGGGAGCAGUAUACAAGAUCAAAUGCUGCGACUGCCAGACUACUUACAUUGGCGAAACUGACCGAACACAAACGAGCGACGAGAAAUGAUGACGUCAACAAUCACAUUGCUGACCACCAUUUACAGACGAAACAUCAAAUCGACUGGGACUCUGCGACAUGUGUUACGUAUUCUACAGACUCCUAACAACGACUUACUUUAGAAAGCUGGUUUACUAACUUAGAACAAACGUCACUGAAUGGUAGCCAACAGUUACUAGCACCGUACGAGAUCAAGCAAAACUAAAUUUGACUAACAAUAGACGACUGUUUAACUGCGACAAUAGACGGAUCAAAACACACCAAUUACUGAUUACGAGUCUUCAUAGCCAAUAAUAUCACGGCUUAACUGACAGACGACCAAAAACACAGUGACGUAUUUGACAAAUCAGAUCAAUAACCAAAGUAUAAUAUCAUCAACUGACGUGAUACAACUCACUUUGACUCUGAAGAUAACUAGUUACUGAGACUACAAAGAAUAACGAAAGCGCAUUGUUCUUAUAACGAAUUUGCAUUAAAUGUUUCGGGCCGGCAACGUUUUGUUUCUGGUGGAUUUUCACAUUUAUUCUUAUCGUGACGACAAAAAAAACAUAUUUGGCAAUGAAUAAUUGACAAAGGUCACUUCCGUGACUUUUCAAAGCCGCAUAUUCUCUCAAAACACUUGAUUACAACAGUACAUCGUAUAAUAUUAUUCAAAAACAAGAAAAAUUUCACAUAAAUUAAUUCAGAAAUGAUUUUUUGCCUCAUGUUUUUUCUGUCAUAGUUUUUUGACCAAAACCAAAAUGUUUCCCUGAACCUUCGGUUUCAUUUAUAACUUUUAGCGAAAAAUGUUAAGCAGUUUAUUCAGUUGUUUCGCAGUGAUGGAAGAGGAGCUCGCUAGAUUCUGAUAAGCUAAGCUUAUAAUCGGCAACGCAAUGUGAAGCUUUUGUUCACUAUAUACACGCGACAAAUACCGUUAAUUAUACCACGGUAAAUCAGUUAAUCCUACCACAUGCUUUUUGGCGAAUUUUCCUAUUACGUGAAGUCCUAUACAGUAACAAAAUAUGAGAGUCAUGCAGUGAGAGAAGAAAACUCAACGCAUACUUUGUUCUAGCUAGUUGUGCGCUAAAUUUAUGGUAGAAAUAAACAUAUUAGCCGAAAGUAAACCGCAAAUAGGCAGAGCUGCGAAAGCUCAAUGCGGUAGAGCAGGUGAAAAGAUAGUUGUGAGAGGGGCAUGAAAAUCAAGUAUUAAAGAAGCGGAAGAAGGAGGACGACGCACUUGACGACUAUAUCGAUUCAUGGUUGAAUGAGCCAGUUUCAAGCGCUGUUUUCCUUUUUGGAAGAUGGCUUCUCAGUUCGACUCAGUGCACAACCAUCAAUUUUUAUGUUCUGUUUACAAUUCAAAGAAGCAUCAGUGCUUUUUGCACGAGCAUUAAUCUGCUUUUCGGUCAUCAAAGAGAGCUUAGCUGGUUAUAAUACUUUGUUCUCUAAAAUGAAACUCUUGCUGGAGCUUGACACUUGGGAGUGUGUUCAUCGUUAUUCGUGUAGCGUUAUAUGAGAAAACACUAGCAAACAAAAAUGUUCGCAAAAUAAAGAUUGUACUAUAACAUGAUUUCAACAAAUGCUACGGUCUAUCAUUUAAACCAGCUGGCCUCAUCUUUCUAUUAUGCUGCGAGUAUGGGAUAGCAUCCGGGCAAUCUAACAUUAAAGCUAUGUUCAUACCAUACCGGACAGCUUUUCGUGGCACCACGAAAAGUUAUCUGAUAUAGUAUGAACACCUAUCACAUAUGCGACUCUCCACUUUAAAGAUAGGCGCUGCGCAGCUUCGUUCCGUCACAGAAAUCUCGCCGCCACAACCAUAAGAAACACUAUCAUGCUAAGAUAUAUAAUAAAAUUUCAAUACCACGCAAAAUUGAAGAACACUGGCCAAAUGAGGAAGAAGUAAAUUUACCUCUCACCAGUUUUGUUAACGUCCCGUGGUGUUUAGCGACGUUUUACCGAGAAGAUCCCAUUCCGCUCUUACUGAGAAUACAAAAAAAGCUGAAAGGGGAAAAGUUUUACAAAACUCUAUUGGCAAGUUCUAUCUUCAUAUGCGCGUUUUGAUUAUUCUCGGAUCGUUCUCUGGUGCGUGGGUAGGAGACAAAAAGUUCAGUAUUUUGGGAUACAGCUUUGCUGAGAGUUUUAUUAUGACCCUGCAUGGCUGGUUUUGGCGGCAAAACCACCCAUGAUUCGUCCUGCCCCUUUGCCAAAACUUUGCUCGAACUAAAUAACGAUCCUGCCGGCUACGUGGGCUAAAAUUCUUUCGAAUUCUUAGAAAAUUAUCAAACAGUAGUUGACGUUUGUUACCAAUCUGGCAACUUGACUGGAAUUCGCAUAACAAUAUGCUGUACUUCUCCAGUUAAAAAGGAAAAAAAAGAAACGUGUUUUUCUCAAUCGCGUCGACAGUUUAUUGCAAAUAAAAGAUAAGAAACUAAAAUCGAGCGCUUUUAAGUAUUUCUCUAACAAGUAAUGAGCGACAGCCUUUGUCAAAAGGCUACCUGGGUUUCAGUAUUUUCCUCAGUUCCCCUCACUAGUAUACUGUGUUUCUUUCUUUCUGUGUGCCUUUUUUUUUGGACCAAAGGCGCACGCUGCUACAUGGGACGGAAGAAUUUAAUAUAUAAAAACAAAACUUGUAUAUCUUAAUCCUAAGGUUCAUGCAGGGUAAGAAAAGCAACUUGGCACUAACAAAAAUUUUUUUCGUUCGGCAACAUUUACGAAACAGUAUACAAUAAAUUUUCCAGCUCUUCUAAUCGAGACAAACUCUUUUUCAAAUUCAAUUGAUCCACUUACCUUUCAUACGCCUUUCCCUGCUGUUAUUUUUAUAAGGUUAGUAAACGUGGCAGUCUAUCGGAGCCUACUAUUGUCUUCAUCCAACAACAAGAAAAUUUUCGUUUAAAUUAAUUCAAACAGUAAAAAUUUUAUUCUCAUCAUUUAACUGCACUUGAAACCGUAAACCAAAACUUUGCUGGAGUUUGAUACUCGAUUUUGUCAGUCCGCAACGUAUUUCCGACUUUCUUUUUAUCUCAACAUGGAAGGAAGAAAUGUUGCCGUUUGCUUUCUAUUUUACCUCUUGAUAUCUUCGCAAUGCUCUUUUGAUAACGCCUCCUCUGUCGCCACGGUAAGACUUCUAAGUAAACAAGAAAAUUUGCUUUCUUUGAACAACGCAAAAAUUGUAUUGCCAACAAAUUAAAGCAAUUAGUUUUCAGUUGUUGAAUUUGAAAGUGUUUUAGAGGAGAAAACAAAGAGCUUCUUUUAGAACUAUUUAAAUGUUUUAUCCAAAGCAGCGGAGAACCAAGCUGGCUUCAUGUUUAUGCUUAAUUUAAUAUUAAAUAUUGCCAGGCUUUCACUAGAUUUUGAAAUGAUUUGUUUGUAAAUACUGGGAAAACCUAGUUUCUAAUUACAACUAACACUCGCGCUACGCCUGCGGCAGACAGAGGAGCUAGGCAUUAUCCACCAUUAUUCACGAGAGGGUUUAUUUUGAAAACGCGCACUCCUCGCGUGAGUAAAGCCUUACCUAGAGAGAAUGAUAAUGAACUUCGAGGAUCUUAAAAAAGGCUUCAUCAAGUCUGUGUCAUAUGUAUGGUCAAUUUGUUUAUUUUCUACUAUGGCAGUCCGGAGUGCAAAUAAAAUAAUGACGAUUCUCACUGAAAGCAAAUUCAGUUAAUAUUUUACGACCGUCAAGAUAAAAAAAUGUUUCCUCUACUAAUUUCUACUAUGAAACAGAACCCUAACACCUGCUUGCAAGGAUCACCUGGCCUCCCUGGACGCAACGGAGUUAAUGGACAUAAUGGGUUACCAGGCCGCGACGGCCGAGAUGGAGCUAAAGGUGAAAAGGGCGUGGCAGGAACUCCUGGAUCCCGUGGUGAGAAGGGAGAAAGGGGAUCAAGUGGAACAGACACUGAUCACAGAAACUGGAAACAGUGCGCGUGGAAGAACUACGACGGGCGUGACAUUGGAAUGAUCAAGGUUUGUGGAUUCUAAAAUUAGUGUAAUGAACGGCUACAGUCAACUUUGGUAAGGUUAGAUACUAAGAUUGUGCUUUUAAAAAGGGUGGAAAUUUACUGUCCAUUGAUAUCAUUACGGGAUGAAAAAGGUUCCCUUAAACAGACAUGUAAAUAAAUAAUUUAGUUUUAUUUGUUUUUGCAGGAUUGUCAGAUCAUUAAGACCAAGGAUGACACUGCUCUCCGUGCUGUUUACCAGGGAAACUUCCAUUUGGGAGGGUGUGGCAGCUGCUGCAAGAGAUGGUUCAUCACUUUUAACGGCGCCGAGUGCAGUGCUCCUCUGCCUAUUGACGCAGUGCUGUGGAUCGGAAAUACUGGGGAAAACAACCACAGACCCGGGUUCAUUGAGGGCUACUGUAACAACAUACACAAGGGCAAAAUCCGAGUUGGAAUCAAUAUUGGAAAUUGUGCAGGAUAUGGAAACUCCAAUGGCAACACAGGCUGGAAUUCAGUGUCCCGUUUGAUCGUUGAAGAAGUUCCUCGCUCUCAAUAG